UGGUAAGAGGGGAGCGCGAACGGGGAGAACUUGAGCAAGAAACAGGCAAGGUAGGUAAGGUGGUUCUGGCACGACGGGACCACCAGGUUAGACGCCAGACGUGACUGCCGUCGUCUCUGGAUGCGGAAGAGAAGGGUAGACCCUCUAUACAACGUCAAGCAGCAGGCAGUAUACAGGUACCUACCUAGUACUGCAUCAAUUCGUCUUCUUCCGCCUGCUACGACCUGCAAUUCUCGAGGGCAGUGCCUGUCUUGUCAUGUAAUGUCGAGCCAGCAAGGUCGAUAAUACAUACAGGCGGUGCUCGCCCAUAUAUACAUGAAUUUCCCGGGUUGAAAGUCGCCAUGUACAAUGCCGUUCUAUUAUACCACAUCCACAGCCUUCGCAGCAUCUACGACGAUCUGCAAGCGCUGUCUCUGAUCGAUAUUUGCUGCUGCAGGGUCGUCGAUCCGGGCAGGUACUUGUGUGCUUUCGUGUUGAUGCUCAACUCGUGCUGCACUGCCCCCCUCUAGCCUACAGCGGGUGGUAUGAAUGAAUUCAUGUUGUAUACCUCCAGUGUUGUAUACAUACGUGUAGUCACUCCAUUUCACUCCCGUCAUGUAACGUUCGUUCACA